CACCAGCGAGAGGGCGAAGGAUCGCCUCGGUGUAAACAAUAACACGUUUUUGUGAGAAUAGGAUUGAAACUUUUUGUUGUCUUAAAAAUUAGCUUAAUUUUACGUAAAGUAUUAGUUAAAUUCUAUUGAUCUUAUGUUAAUAAAAGAUGAGCGCUGUACCGUCAAUCUUCGAUACUCCUGUUGUGGGCGGCGCCGCGGUGGGAGCAAGCAAGAGACCGGCAGCGGAAAAUGGGCCCCAAUCCGGUGAGAAACAGUCCAAGAAAUCCAAAAAGGCCAGCAAGAAGCAAUUGAUCGACCUGCUGGUGCAGGAACACGUUCGGGAGCUGAGUCAGAAUGAUUCCAGCGAAUCCACGACGGCUGGACCGUCUCCGAAGAAGAAAAAGAAGCAAAAAGCUUCCGCUGCUAAUGGAAAAGCUAAUCCUACCAAAAACGCUAAUGUCGUCAAGAAAAAGCCCAAAGCUGGACUUAAAAUAAAACUUCACGAAAAGCAAAAGUUACAGAAGAGUGCUGAGGCAAAGCAACAUGCCCCAGAUGCCCUAGUCGAAACUUCUUUCGAUGGUGAAUCGCUGAAAAACAAUUCCAACCACUCCACACCUGUGACCAAAAAUCCCAAGAAAAAGAACAAGCCAAUGCCUCAGCCAUUUGUUAUCGUCACUCCAAAGCUACCUAUCAAACAGGAACCACAAACCCCAAAGCCGAAUGGAAUGCAGGCGGCCAGGUCAACCCUGGACAGCACCGAAGUUGGCCGCGAACAGUUCGCUUGGGUAAUCAGUCCGACACCGGUGGACGAAUUUAUGGCGAAUUAUUGGGAAAAGAAACCUUUGCUGAUUCAGCGUAAGAACCAAGCAUACUACAAGAACCUGCUCUCGAGGGCUAAAAUCGAUGAAAUGCUACGGCAGCACAAUAUCGAGUACACCAAGAAUAUCGACGUUACCUCCUACCGCGAAGGUCAGCGAGAGACGCAUAACCCGGACGGACGGGUUCUUCCUCCUGAUAUGUGGUCUUUCUACGAAGAAGGUUGCAGCAUUAGAAUGCUCAACCCUCAAACCUACUUGCCAGGAGUGUACGAAAUGAACGUAAAACUUCAGGAGUUCUUCCAUUGCAUGACCGGGGCCAAUUUCUAUCUGACGCCUCCAAACAGCCAAGGUUUUGCACCGCAUUACGACGAUAUAGAGGCGUUCGUCCUACAGGUCGAAGGCCGCAAGCACUGGAAGCUGUACAGCCCGCGAGAACCUGCCGAAUUUCUUGCACGUGUAUCAUCACCGAAUUUCACACAAGAAGAGAUCGGCAACCCAAUCCUGGAAGUUGUUCUGGAACCCGGAGAUUUGCUCUACUUCCCACGAGGGAUCAUCCAUCAAGCUAGCACCGUCCCGGGUCAUCAUUCUCUGCACGUUACAAUGAGUGUCUAUCAGAAGAACUGCUGGGCCGAUUUGCUGGAAGUCUUCUUUCCGCAAGCGCUCGCUCAGGCAGCCGAAGCACAUUUCGAUUUGCGGCGGGGCAUCCCGUUGGACCUCCAUAACCACUUUGGCAUUGUGCAUUCCGAUAGCGAAACUCCCACUCGGAAGCAGCUUAUUACCCACAUCAAGGCCUUAGUCGAUAAAGUUUUCAGUGAAGAAGCCAUCGAUAGUGCAGUGGACCAGCUUGCCAAGCGUUUCCAGCAUGAUGCCCUCCCUCCGAUGGUAUCGCCCACGGAGCAAUCCAGCACGGUCUACGGGUCCAGCUUCGACCACAACCCGGACGGAACCGUUAGUCUUCGAGUGCCGUUUACCGAAAAUAGUACCGUUCGCCUGCUGCGCCGCAACGUGCUUCGAUUGGUAAGUGAAGAGGACAAACUUCGCAUUUACUAUCACACCGAUAAUUCACGUGAGUACCAUGAGUAUGAACCAAACUUCCUGGAAAUCGAUCAGGAUGGUGCGCUGGGUGUUGAACUGCUUGUUAAGAUGUAUCCACGAGCAGUGGCCAUUCGGGAUUUGCCCGUAGAAGAUAAGGUUGAGUUUGCCAAGAGCCUGUGGGAGAAGGGGCUGAUUGUUGUUCACGGUCAGUAAAUGUGUGAGGCCUUUUCUUGUAAAUAAUUAUUUUUUUCAUUGCAUUCAAUAUAUUUUAAUUGUUCAUCA